AUGUCUUGGAUUCUCGUGAACUUUUUCGAAAUAUUUAUUGUAUUUUUCGCUAUUUUGGGAAAUAUCACAUUUUCUUAUAUUAUUCAUUGUGCCAAAAGUUUACAAUAUUGUUGUCGGUUCGUAAGGUUUUGUUAGGUUUUCACAUAAAAGUUUUCACUUUUUCAGAUGUUCUCUUCAAUUAUUCUCAUUUUCAAUGUUUAUUUUAACCAUAACUCAUGGAUAUACUGUUUUAUGUUUUCUGAUUCUCAACACAAAUUAUGAGAUACUAUAUUUGAAAACUGGUAAAAAAUAUUUAUUGGAAAAUGUUUUUGAAAAAUAAAAUUUUUGCAGAUCAUGUAAAGUAUUUCAGAAUGAUCCACGAAUUUGGAUAUUGUCUACAAUCGCUUUCUCUUCUGAUGUUUUCAGCCGGUAAUAUUUUUCACAAGGGUCUUAGGCAAUGUAAAAAAAACUAUGACGUGGCGAAGUUCCAAACUCAGCGGUAAAAAUACAGUAGCCUAAACCACAGCUGAAAAUGGCUAGUUUUUUUUUCGUCGUAUUUUUUGGUUACCGUAGAUCAGUUUUUUGCGCUAUAUUUUUCAAAUUUUGACAUGUAUAUAAGAUUACUGUAGAUGUACAAUAUAUAUCCUUCAUAAUGAACUUUGCAGAUCGACUUGUGGCUGGAACAUUACUCCAAUUUUAUACAUCCAACAGUUUCAAAUUGUUGAUUGUCGUUCUCACAAUUUUCAGUUUUAUCAUUUCAGCCGGUUUCAGUUAUAUUGUUCAUAUUCAACAUUGGACUAUAAUUCCAACACUUUUCAUGGAUUUUCUCGAUUUUCUUGGUUUAUUUGUGAGUCAUAAUUUCGAAACAAUCCGAAUUUUAAAUCAUUUCUUUUCAGUUAAUCUGUGUUGCUUGGAAAAAAUCGAUAAAAACCUAUAAUUCAACAAUUGGAUCAAUUUGUCUCGAACAAAGAUAUCAAUUAUCCGAAGUCUAUAAUUGGUCAAAAACUCUGAUUCCUGGUGUGAUUUGUGCGAGUGUCGCUAAAAUUAUUUCAAUUAUCUCAAUUUGGGCCCUCAUAACUGCGAAAAAAGUUUACGUUGAAAAUGAAGCUGGAUGUUUUUUAUUUUUCUAUAAUAAUGUGAGUUUCUUUAAAAUAUUUUUCGAAAAAUUAUAAAAUUAAUGAGUGCAUUUGGAAAAAACACAUAUUUUCUUUUUUAAGCCCACAGUUUUUUUAACUUUUAUUGGUCAAUUUUUUUUCCCAAGCUAUUUUUCCCAAAUUUUUUUCCCAAGUUGAUUUUUCAUUUUCCCAAGUUUUAUUUUUCCCAAAUUUUUUUCCCAAGUUAUUUUUUCAUUUUCCCAAGUUUUUUUCCCAAUUUUUAGUUUUUUCCCAAAUUUUCGGAUCGCAUGAAAUUGGUUCGUUUUUUAAGAACAUCAGGGAUUUUGAUUCUCUAUAUGAGGAUCUCGAAAUUUUAUAAAAUAGAAGGGUCCGUCAAAAAUAGCUACUAGAAAAAUGAGAGUUUUUCUUGUGUAAAGUGUGGUGUGUUUUUUUCAAUUUUCGGCGAGUCUGUAUGUUUCCAGGAGGGUUCACUAAGCCUAAGCCUAGAAAGAAUAAUAGAAAAAUUAAAAAAUCUUACUUUUGGCUUCUCAACUUCAGAAUUAGGCUUAGGCUUAGUUAAACGCCCAGAAAACUGAAUGUUGGUACAUUUUUUACAGUCGGCCUCUCAAAAUAUCAGUCUGAAUCUGCUGUUUUCGUUCCGACAAACUUGUGAAAAAUCACAAUGUUCAUUCCAAAAACAAAAUUUUUUUUUUCGACUAAUUUUAGCAUUUUCGCAUUUAGGAAUUGCAUAAUUUCAGGUUAUGACCGGGAGAAGCUGAUAUGUGGGAUCAGUACUCAAUUGGCUUUGAAAAAUAGGAAAUACCGGAAAAAAAACUUGAAGAAUUGGGUAAAAAACGACAAUUUGGGAAAAAAAGAAAAAUUGGGAAAAAAACUUGGGAAAAACAAAAACUUACUUGUGAAAAAAAAUUGGGAAAAAUAAAACUUGGGAAAAUGAAAAAUCAACUUGGGAAAAAAAUUUGGGAAAAAUAGCUUGGGAAAAAAAUUGACCCUUUUAUUUUAGAUUAGCUAGACUAUAGUGUAGUUUGUAGAUAUCUAAAAUAGGUUUUCAUAAGAUUCUUCAUUUUUGCAAACACUAAUUUCCACGAAUAUUAUUUUUCAUUAAAAGAAAAACCACUCGCAAAUAAUAACAAAAACAAUGUGUCAAGAAAUAUUGGUUAUAUAUAUUUUUUCAGAGUCUCAAUAUCUACUCAAUUAUUCUUCCUUUUAUUAUUUUAUUUCGACACAAAGCUUUGCGAACAAAAAUUGUUCGAAAUCCCGAAAAUUUCGAAUUGACGACUUUGGAAGGAAAUCCGAUUGAUUUGAAAAUUAGUUCGAAUCAAUAUUUUCAGACAUUGGGAAAAUUUUGGAACGAUUAA